AAACCCAAAGACAAGCGGCCAUGUCUCAAAUUCAAAUUCACUGUUAAUCUGACAUGAUCGACUGCAUCUAAUCUGAGCAUUGUGUUGGACUAAUCGACAACGCCGGAGAAAAGGCUUCGAUUUGCAGUCUUUUUCAUGGGAUACCUCUGUGACAGGGCCACUUAAAAACCAAAUUGGUUGUGCAUAAGCGGAAACGGGAAAUUAUCUUUAUCAUACGCCAAUUUAUGUGGCUCUUUCACUUCGAAUUCGAAUUUCAGUCGAACUUUUGCUCCGAAAGGAAUCGCGCGUGCGCACCUCCAGCCGUUUCUCAGCUAUAAUGAAGCACUGAUCGAGCAACAGAUCGAGCAACAGAGGUCAAUAUCCCCGGAGACGGAGAGUCAAUAGAAUCAAACAGGCAGUGGCAAUGGGUUCGGGCCAGAAAAGGUCGGUGGAUCCCUUGCGGAUACAGAUUGGCGGUAUUGCGGGCCGUCAGAAGCAGCCUCUGAACCGGGUUAGAACCACCAAGUACACUUGGCUAACAUUCCUGCCCUUUAACUUCUAUGAGCAGUUCAGGCGAGCCGUUUACUUUUACUUUCUGAUCAUCACAAUUGUCUCAUUCUUCGUAAAUGAAACAAUAUCGCCGUAUGUCUCAUUGCUGCCCCUGCUGUUUGUCAUGAUCAUCACGGCCCUUAAAGAGGGCUUGGAAGACCUGUCGAGGUCCAAAAGCGAUAGGCUUGUAAACACAGCCAGAGUAACCGUCAUCCGGAACGGAAAGGAAGAGGUUAUAGACUCGCAGUUUAUUGUGCCAGGCGAUCUCGUGGUGGUGCGAAACGAUGGCGACUUGCCCUGCGACCUCGUGCUGCUCCAAUCCUCCGGUGCGGAGCGCAAGUGCUUCGUGACCACCGCCAACCUGGAUGGGGAGACCAACCUGAAGACCGUAUGCGUGCCCCCGAACUACGAACUUUCGCCCAAGAGCCAGGACUUCAUUGUGUGCGAGGCCCCAACCGCAGAUCUCUACAGCUUCAAUGGCCGUCUGGAGCUGGGAACUGACGGUGCUGGCGGUGGUGGUGGUGACCACGCCCUGCCCCUCACCAUUGACAAUCUGCUGCUGCGCGGGGUCCGGGUCAAGGCCACCGAUAGGGUGGUGGGGUGCGCCCUCUACACCGGAAUGCACACCAAGCUGCAGCUGAACAGCCGCUACACGGGCAACAAGUCAGCCUCGAGCGAGAAGUACAUCAACAGGUUCAUGGUGGCCCUCAUCCUUGGCAUGGUGGUGGUGGUGCUCGUUUUGUACCUCAUCGAGAGACACAAGGAAACGAAGGUUGUCCCAAACAUGCCCUAUCUUGGCCCGCCCACGGACUUCAACUCGGCACUGCAGAUCUUCGAGGACUUCCUCUCGUUUCUGCUGCUCUUCAAUUACAUGGUGCCCAUCUCCGCCUAUAUGAACAUCGAGCUGUAUCGCAUUUUCGGAAUGUACUUCAUGCACAACGACCUGCACCUUUACGACGAGGAAACCGACCAGCCCUGCCGUGUAAACGCGUCCAAUCUUAACGAGGAGCUGGGUCAGGUCAACAUCCUCUUCUCGGACAAAACCGGCACUCUCACCAAGAACCUCAUGAAGUUCGUCGAUUGCUAUGUGUCCGACAUGAAUUUUCAUCUCCAAAGUACCUAUCUCCUUUGCGAGACCACAGGCGAACAGAUUGAUCUGGAGAAGCUAGACGCCGAGGCAUCUGUCUUCUUCGAGGCGCUUACCGUGUGUCACACCGUAGAAGUGCUCCAGGAAGUGGGAGUAAAGCCUUUGGAGUCGUCGGAGUCCGUGUCGGAAAGAAGCCACUUGAUGGGCAAAAGUAUUGUCGACCGCUAUCAGGCGUCUAGUCCGGACGAAAUGGCUCUUCUCGAGGGCUGUGCUAACCUUGGUCUUGUGUACCAGGGACAAAGCAACAAUACUCUGCGAAUUUGCCGAUAUCCCAGCGCUGAGGAGCUGCAGUUCGAGCGGCUCCACGUCCUGGAGUUCAGUUCGGAGCGAAAGCGGAUGAGCGUCAUACUCCGAGACCGGAGUGGCACCAUCUGGCUCUACUGCAAGGGAGCGGAGGACGCCAUCUUUCCACGGUGCAAGACGAGUCAUCGUCUGCAGCAAACCGACGACCAGAUAACAAAGUACGCUCAGCGGGGACUUCGCACUCUGGCCGUGGCCCGACGUACUCUGACCGAGGAGAAGUGGGCCAACUUCGAGGAGCUCUACCGGAGGGCCAACACCCAGCUGAGUAACCGAAAUGAACUAAUCACAGAAUGCUACGAGACGGUCGAGAUCGAUCUUGACCUACUCGGCGCCACCGCCUUGGAAGACGCCCUGCAGGAGCAGGUGGGCGAGACCCUGGAAGCUCUACAAGCGGCUGGUCUAAAGAUCUGGGUGCUUACAGGUGACAAAGUAGAAACGGCCUACAACAUCGGUCUCGCCUGCCGGCACAUCCCGCCCGGAUCAAGACAGCACUUCAUCGUCAACGUCACCGACCCGGAGGAGCUGCAGACCCGCCUGCAGGAGAUUGAGGCCGCAGAUCCGGAGGUCCUGGUGGUGGAUGGAACGACGAUCUCCACCCUGCUGACGCAUGCGCCUCGCCAAUUCGCCGAUCUCGCCCUGCACUGCCGGGCCGUGCUCUGCUGCCGACUGAGUCCGCUGCAGAAGAGCGAGAUCGUCACGCUGGUGAAACGCCGCAAGAAACACAUUACGGCGGCCAUUGGCGACGGGGCCAACGACGUGUCCAUGAUCCAGGAGGCGCACAUCGGCAUCGGAAUAGCGGGGCGCGAGGGAAAACAGGCGGCCCGGUGUGCCGACUUCGCCAUCGCCCGCUUCGAGAUGCUGCGCCGCCUGCUCCUCGUCCACGGGCACUACAAUUCCCAGCGCCUGGCCUUCCUGGUGCUCUUCUACUGCUACAAAAACAUCAUCAUCACCGGGUGCAUGGCCCUCUUCCAGGUCUACGACCUUUUCUCCGCCACCAACGUCUACAACUCGCUCUACCUUUGGCUCUUCGACUUCGUCUACAUCUCGUUCAGCUUCACAUACCUCUCCUUUUCCGAUAAGGAAUACAGCGAGGAGACGCUGCUGAGCCAUCCGGAACUAUACAAGCGCAUUGCCCACAACCGCCAGGCGUCAAUGAGGGUCUUCUGCUUAUGGAUGCUCAACGGGUUUGUCCAGUGCUUCACGAUCUUCUAUUUCACCUACGCCGUGCUCAACGAUGAGAAUGUUCUGUUCAACAUGGGACAGCCUGCCAGCUUCCAGACCUUCGGCACCAUGCUCAUAACGAUCAUCGUGAUCGUGGGCAACCUGAAGCUGCUCCUGGUGGCCCGCUACAUGUCCUAUGUGAACUUCGCCAUGAUCCCCGCCCAAAUAGUCGCCUUCAUGCUGACCACAUACCUCUACAACCUGGUCACUAGUGGGGAGCUCUACGACGUCUACAACCAGUUCCUGACCUCACUUCCCUUGUGGCUCUUCACGGUAGUCUGCUCGGCGGCUUGUCUGCUGCCCGACUUUGCCGUCAAGGCCGUUCAAGACAUGUUCCGAAAAAUGCCGCCCGCGGGCAAGCCAGCAGUUUAGGAAAACUAAAAGAAAAACACUGCAAAAUAGUUACUAAUAAAAUGGAAAGAAUAAAUGACAAUUCAAA